GCCUUCAAGUAGCAAAAAAUUAUUAGAUAUGAAAAAGAACCCUAGCUUUUAACCCCCUCCCAUUGCAUCAUCAUUAUCUUUUCUUCUACAAAGAUUAUAAUUCUUCUCUCUCUUAUAUGAUUGCUUCAUACCAUACAUGUAUUUAUAUAUAUUUCAUAUGAGGGUGAAGUUGCUUUCUAAGGGGGUUUUUUGAUGGAAAGAAGAGCAACUUCUAAGAUGAGCCUCAUUAAUGGAGGCUUAUCUGAGAAAACAGUCUUUGGCUACAACAAUAAUAAUGAUAUGAGAGAGAAAAGAGAGCCUUCUAAUUCCAUUCCAUCUUAUCUCACUCAUUCUGAUCAUCAACCUCACCAUUUUCUUGCUCGUUGCACCAUUGUUGAUGAUUCUUCUGAGCUUAGUAUUUUUGAUGCCAAGAAGUAUUUCAAUGAAGUUUCAGCCAACAAUAUCAACAAGGUUUCUCCCAUAACGCACAUCGAGUCGAUGUCAAUGUCGAUGUCGAAGCAGUGUGUUGAUCAUUCAGUAGCGUCGUCUCUGGACCAUGAUUCAGAUAAGGAUUAUGAAUUAUCUAAAUCUAAACCCUGGACUUGUGGUGUUGCCCACCCGUCGCCUGCGCUGGUUUCUAAAUUUUCACCCACUUCUAGCUCCAUUGAUGGGUAUCAUCGUCGAAGCUACCGAGCUCGAUCUUUCCAUUCUGCAACGCCGACUGCUUCGUCGGAGGCUAGUUGGAACAGCCAGACGGGAUUGCUCUCAAACCCUCCUGGAGCAAUCUCGGUGUCGGUUUUACGUGGGGAUUCUGAUCAUCAUUCUGGGAGGAAAACUCGAAAGCCGCCCUCGUCAUCAUCGGUAGCAUCGAGAUGGAUAUUUAGAAGCUCUAAAUGCCCUUGUACUGGGAAGAAGUCGGUUCAAGUUGAGGAAUCUAAAGUCGUACUAGACCCAAAAACAAGUCCUCCUUAUAUCAACAACAACACUACCACCGUCAGUGGCCAUUCUCAAUCUCAAUCAGAGUCGCCGCCAUCUGAGAAAACCUCCAGAGAAAACACAAUGCUUUUGCAGCAUCCAGAUAACGACGUCGUUUGGAGUAGUCAAAGACGUUUUCCUCCAAAUUUGCUUCUUCAAGGACACACAACACAACGUGUAAUAGCCUCCACGGGCUUCACUUUUCCCAUCUUGAAAAACAACACUAACAACAAUGGAGAUAUUGCAACGAGACCUAUAAGCCAUGUUUUGAUCGAAGAACCACCUCGAGAUUCUCUAGAAGUUUUCAAACCAAGCACUGCUAGAGACAAUGGCAAUAGUGGUUGCAGCAGUUUAAAGUCACGAAUUCUAGCUAGUGUAGCAGCAUCGGGCGGCAACGCCACCAUUGUGAACGACAUCGAUGAUGUGGCAAGUGAUGCUAGCUCCGACUUAUUUGAAAUUGAAAGUUUCUCCACUCAAACUGCUAGCACUACCACUGUCUCAUACCCUGCCAUGUUCCACCGACGAGACUCGAUGGAACUAGAAGCAAGAAGACUAGGGUUGGCCCCUGCAUCCACACGUCGCAGCCUCGACGAGCCGAUGACACCGUCAACUGAUUGGUAUGAGCCAAGCGAGGCGAGCAUUGACUGGAGCGUCACCACAGCCGAGGGCUUCGAUCGAGCGAGCAUCGCCAACAUGUCAGAGGCUGAGGAGCCCUGGACUGAGAAAAACAACAACAUCAACAAUAAUAAUAACAGAAGAAGAUCGUCAUCGGGAAAUGGGUUGUUGAGUUGUCGGUCGGAGAAGGCGGUGAGUGUCGGCCCACAGCCGGUGACGAAGCAUGUGAGUAGUAGGCCACCAUUGGGAAAGAAGCCACCACUAGCAAGGUCUAAUUCAGCUCACCUCUCUCUUACUUUUGCUGCCUGAUAUGGGAGCACUCUUUUCUCUUGUGAGUGUGAUGGAGGAUGAUACAUGAUUUUUCUCCACCAAACCCUCUCUCCCAACACACCAUUUCUUGAUUUUCUUAUCUUGUCUCUUCAAUUCUUUUUCUUUUCUUUUCAUUUUUCCCCCUCUUCAUUAUAGUGCUGUGCCUCUUCAAUAAUUGUGCCAACCAUAGUUUGAUGUACUUUUCAAUUUUUUUUACACGUUCUCCUGUUUUUUCCCCCCUUCUAUCAUUCGAUUAUUUUACUUACUACAUUGAAUAAAUUCAUUUUAAAUC